AGACUCAACUACAGAAAGAUCAGAUUUUUGAACUUAUCGCAUUUCGUUAGUCGUUCUUUGGUUGGAUCUUCGCUUUAGUUUAGUAUGAGAGACACUUUCGUUCGCGUUGUUCGUAGAGUAGAACGGUUGCGCUACGGUUGUCAGAAGAAUCUGAAAUAAGUUCCUUCCGGUUCCAACAGUGUCCACGGAGGCAAAUUUUAAACGUUGAUAAACUACGACUAAGUGCUGUGUUAGUUUGCAAUAAGGUUUUCUGUUUUAGUAUUAAAGUUACUCGUAGCUGAUAAGCUUAUCUAACAGCUUAAAAUAUGUCCGGAGAUGUCCAGCCACGAAAGCGCAAGGAUAAGAAGAGGAAGAAAGAUGAUGAAGAUGCCGUCAAGGAGGCUCCCAGUUCGAAACAAUCUGCGGGAGCAGCCCAGGCUGCCACUCAACCCGGCGACAUUCAAAUGCAUAUCCACAGUGAUCAUGGAACCGGAGGAAAUUGGUGCGCAAAAAUAGUCUUCUUCUUCCUGCUGGUCGGUUUGGGUGCGCUGAUAGGCCUUAUUCUGAUUGAGAACCGCGGCGUAUCGAAUGGCGAUACCCCACUGUCGGAAUCACGCUACGCAGAAUACUUCAGCGGUUGGGUUGACGAAAAUCGUGAGGAUGACCAUCAUCAUGAGGAUAUUCUCAAUGCACUCAAUCAGUUGGAGGAAGAGCACGAGGAUGAUGGUGAUGGGCACGGCGCGGACGAUGAUCAUGAACCGUACACCGAGGAGGAGGAUCAUGAUGACGAGCAGGAAGGACACGCCGACGAGGAUGACGAUGCAGACGAGGAAGAAGUGCGUAAAUUAGACGAUGAAGAGGUAGAGGAGAUCGUGGCGGCAGAGAAAAAGUUUUCCCAACAGGAGGCGACGCCCGCGGAGGACGACGAUGAAGAGGAUGACGACGUAGAAGACGCUGACGACGAUGAAGGGGAUAAUGAAGUUGAUGAUCAAAAGGACAUCAAUGAUGAGGGGGACGAGGCUUUGGAAGAGGAAAUCGAUCAGGGGGAAGACGAUGAUGGGAAUGCUUUCGAGGAAAACAACAACGACGACGAUGGGGAUGACGAAGAAGAUGAUGAUGAUGAAGAGGAUAGUGAUGGACCGAAAAUUGUUGACAACCAGGUCGACGAUGCUCAGCGUGACGACAAUGACGACAAUGACGCAACUGACGAUCCAGUGGAUGAGGAAGGUGAACAGAAUGAUGACGAUGAUGAGGAUAAUAUAGGUGAUACUAAUGACUAUGAUGAUGAUGAUGAUGAUGAUGCAGAAGACGAAGGUGCUGAUUUAGACGAGGCUGAAGAUGCUUCCAAGCAAAACAGCGACAAAAAGGAAGAUCCCAUUCCAGCUGAUAAUGAUGAUGAUGAUGACAAUGAUGUCGGUGUUCCUGAGAAAGAGGAUAAUGAUGCCGAUGCGAUCGCCAAAGAAAUUGAAAACAUUGCCGACGCAAAUGAUGCCGAUGAUGAUGACGACGGCGAAGAUCCAUUCGAUGAAGAGGCUAACAAACUAAACCUUGCAUCAAAAGACACAGUUGGAGUCUCGAUGGAUAAUGCAACCGCUGAAAGCGGGCCAAAGGAUCCUAUCAUUGUUGAUCAGUUGGAAAAACCCGACAUUAGUGGUGAGAUACUAAAAUCUCAAAUGGACGAUUUAGUAGAAAACUAUAAUAAACUUGCGGAAAUGCUUAACGUCCCUAAGGAAGAGUUUUUCGUACACGCAGCUGCAAUCGAGGAGGAUGAAAACGACGAUGGUCAAGUUGAUUCAGUUGACGAUGACGUCGAUGACAGGCCCGCGUCCAAUAGUGCUGUAAAGGAUGAUAUCGACGACGAUAACGACGAUGAUGAUGACGAUGGAAACACGUUCGAAAACUUCGUCGAUAACGACGGCGGUGAGGAAGAGUAUCUUGCUAAAGUAAGACAAGAACAAGAGCUCAAAAAUCAACGGCAUCAGCAGCAGGCGAAGGAGGAACCUAGGGAGGAAACCUCGCUUGCGGUGCAAAUCUUUGUCGGUGUGGCGCUGAUCGUCGCAGCGCAUCUUCUUUUGAAGCCUCCGCGUGCUCCUACCCGGUCGGAUCCGGCAGCCGCACCAUUCAAACAAACUGUUCCAUCUGGGAUGCCUCUGGUUUCCAACCUGGAAGAGAAAAUACAACACAGUGAAGUAGCCGCGAAGGUCGUGGAAGCAGAUGACUUUGUCAAUCAAACGAUCAGUUACGUACAACAACCCGUCGCUAAUGAUUACCAAGAAAUUGACCAAGUUGAUCGCGACGUAAUCGAAGAAAAUGUCCCGGAAGACAAUGACCUGGAACAGGAACUCUACUCUGGCGAUGAAGAUUUCGAUUACGAGCAGGAGGAAUACAUCGAUGAGCUAGAGGAAAUCGAAGAAGAGGAAGAGGAAGGUGAAGACGUAGGGAUAGAAUUCGCUGCGAGUAUAGAAGAGAAAAAACUGGAAGAACAAGAACGGGAAAUCGGAACGUUUGUACCUACAACCUUCGAAGAGUUUAGCGCAAUGUAUCGAUCGAACACAACGGAACCAGAGUCAACAGAUGCUGUCCUGGAAGCAACUCCUGAGCCCAGUGUUCCGUCCGCCGUUCCACCAGCAGCAUCGAAGAGCUUAGAAGCUGGUAUAUUCAAAAAUUCGCCGUUGGCGAAAAAGAAACCGCCCAAAGGCGCCGUGAACAAGCUUAUUUAUGGAUUACACAAGGAGCCUUUAUUCACGGCUGAAGAUUUAAAACCUUCGGCGGAGAAAGAAAUUUCCUCUAGGCCUAGCGCUGAGGAAUCUUACCAGGAGGAGCUAGAUAGAGCCAAAAGACAACUCGAUGAGUUCAAAGAUACGAAAGCGGCCUUGCAAAGUUUUGAAGCUCUGUUGAUCAGAUAUCCCCGCCUGGUACCGGCUUUGGUUGGCAAAGCGCGCACUCUGGACCUGAUGGCUGAACAGCAGCAAAGUAACACGAUCCUGGAGGAAGCCGUCGAAGCGUACCGUGCGGUACUAGCGUUGGGACAAUUGCUAGAUGAUGACACGCUGCAAACUGUUGCCGAGCGCUGUAUCAAUCGAAUUCGGUUCAGUGGCCAUUACUUGAAGGCUGUAGACAUCCAUCAGAUACUAGUGAAGCGCUUUGACUCGGAGCCCAGGUUCAGGAAUCAGCUAGCUGUAACGUAUCUUAUGGCAAAUCGAUUAGCUGAGGCUAAAGCCGUUUUGCAUGAAACUCUUCUCCAUUGGAUAGAGGAUGGCUUUGCGCUUGUGCACUAUGGAUUUGUUGUUAAAAAUCUCGACAAAAAUAUGGAACUAGCAGCCCAAUAUCUGCAGGAAGGAAUCGAAACUGGUCAUGAGGGAACACAGGAUGGCCGAUUCUACUUCCAUUUAGGUGAUGCGUUGCAGCGUCUGGGUAGGAAUAAAGAAGCCUUGAAUGUUUAUCGCGAGGGAGCUAAUAAGAAGCUCUUUUUAUCGAUGUAUCAGCGGUCCUUGUAUAACGAGGAUAAUCUGAAAUCACGUCCAUUUUGGACGGUUGAACAGACCACGUACGGCAGCCAGCUGGAGCUGAUUCGUUUACAGUGGAGUGCCAUUCGGGACGAAGGGCUACGGUUGCUGAAUGCAGCGGGUAACUUCAAAGAUGAGGCGGAAAAUCUCCGCGAUACAGGGGAUUGGAAACAGUUCGAACUGUUCUCGCGUGGCUAUCGGAUAGAUAAAAACUGCGCUAAGGCACCACUGACAUGCAAACUGAUAGAACAGUUUAGGGCAGCGCGAUCCUGCAAACGUGGCCAGGUUAAGUUUAGUGUUAUGCAUCCGGGAACACAUGUUUGGCCACACUGUGGCCCAACCAACUGUCGGAUACGAGCGCAUCUGGGAUUGAAGGUUCCGAGCGGAACACACAUCCGUGUCGCGGAGGAAACGAGAUCCUGGAAGGAAGGCGAGUGGCUGAUCUUCGAUGACAGCUACGAGCACGAGGUGUGGCACAACGGCACCAGCACUCGGCUGGUGUUGAUCGUGGACUUCUGGCAUCCGGAGCUGAGCGAAAGUCAGCGAAGAACACUGUCACCAAUAUAGACGCGGCUUCCGAUCCGAUCUAAAUCGCGAUGACGAGAGAGGUAGCAGCAAAUCACAACGAAAGUACGCAAUACCAAAGGCAAUUCUUACAAACAUAUUCUCAUAUUUUCUCUCGCAGUGUUCUUUUUAAUGUCGUAAUGGGAAAAGCAUUUUAAACAUUUUUUUUAAAUUUUAGCCAAAAACAGGCGUCUAAAUUUAGUCGUUGCAUUUCUAUUCUAGCCAUGGUUUUCGUUGUCUUUAUACUUUAUAUUUUAUUUUAUUUGAAUGUUUGAUUUAGGAUAGUGAUAAUAAGAGUGAGAAAAACAAAGCAAAUCGAAUCAUUUGUAUAUUUUGAGAGACUGUCGUGAGAAUGAUAGCUAAUAUUCGACUGCGAUGAAAUCAAUUCACAGGAGAGAUUUUUUAGAAUGACAAUCAUCAAAGACUUACUAUAGUUUCUUGAUGCGUCCGAACAUCAGAGGUCAUAUUUUGUAUCAAGAAUGUAAAUCUAAAUCGUAA